AUGAUCACAGAAAAUAUUAAUUCUGGCGGAGUAGAUCGUAUUAAAAUCAAUGGCACAUUGAAAAAUUCCAAAAUCAAAAGAUUUGUCAAUGGCACUGAAGAACCUACAGGCUUUGUUAUCGAACAUAAACAAAUAGUGGUCCAAUAUAAACCUAAUGAUAAUAUGAGAAAGGUACCAAAAUGUUCGCAUGCACCGAAAGAGUCCAAAUCCCAUGAAAAACAAAUGAAACAUCCAUUUUACAAAAACACCCAAAAAUUGGAUGAGUUAUUGGACCAUCUUUUAGAUAGGAAUCUGCCAGAGCUUAUGGCUGACCCUUUUGGAGUCGACACUCUAUUCAACAAAGAUAAAGAGAAAUUUAAUGAAAGAGAACAUAAUGAAUUCUUAACAGAAAAGCAUUAUGACCCUCCUGAAGUACUCGUGUCUGAAAUAAAAAAAGACAAAGAAGAGACAAGCAAAGAUUUCUUGGAUACAUUUAAGACUAGUGGACAAUUAGAUACAAAGAUUUUCGAUUUUAAGACUACAACUAAAAAGAGGUUAAAAGCGACUACACAUAUACCUUCAUAUUUUAACGUUCUGUUAAGCGUGACUACUGGAAAACCAUUUCAAAAGAAAUCUGAAAAUAUCAAUAUGUUUAAUGCCUUACCAAGUUUGCCACAAUUAAGAAAACUGAUGCAAGUGAAUGAAGAUGAUGAGGAAGGUUUAGGCUAUGAAGAUUUGAAUGAAGUCCUUGCCGAUGAAUCUGAUACUCAUGAUGAAAGAGAAGAAGGCCAGGAAAGAAGAAAAAGGAUGGAGGAAAAUGCAAUGAACACACAAAAUCACCCAGUACACCAUUCGCCAAGCUUGAUUAACCCCAAUUGGAAAGGACCAAUGCCUCUCUACCCGGACGAGUUAAUAUCUAUGAUAAAACAGGCGGCUAUUCAAAAUCUAAAUUUAAAUAAUUUCAAUAAAAUUAAAAUUCCUGAAUCCAAAGAUGUAGCUGAAGUUGAGGACACGGUUAAUCUUAAUGAUAUGGAAUAUAUAGAGAAUUAUUCAGAUAAAAAGCACGAAAGGCUUGCAAAAAUGGCUCAAGCUUACAGCGAUUAUGGAGUUUUGGAUGGUAAAAAAGCAUCUGUUGGAAAAAAUCAAAUCACUAUGAAACCUAAGCAUAUAAAAAAGUCAGUUGCCAGAAAUAAGUCGUGGAAGCAUUCUCUUUUUGGUAGACCAAAAAAAGGUACAAGUUUUGAAGGUUUUCGUUUCGAAAUGAAACCGUCGACGCCCUCUGAUAAAAAUGAACCGUUAGAAUUUCUGAAGACCAUAGGAAAACACGUCAAAUUUGAACACGCAAAUACAUUAGGAACACAAUACGCUAAGUCAGAUUCGGAACCAGCAUCCGCUGACUUUACGAUUUAUUCUAUUCAUGGAAGAAACAGCUUUGAAUCGCAUACUAGAAAGAGUAAUAAAUAUAAUGAAGAUAAUGUUGUUAGUUUUUCGGGCCGCUUUAGCAAAAGGAAUUCAAGAAAUUUGCUUUUCGUGAAUGUAAUGGACGAUGAGAAAAAUGAAACGGACUUAGAUUUUCAUGAAGCACUAAAUAAAACAAAUGGUUCUUAUAAAUCUGAAAAAGAUUUCCUUAAAGCAGUACUUCAUAUUAAUAGUGAAAAUAUGAAAAACAAUAGCCAAAAUUACAGUACAGACUUGAGUGAUUUAUUCAUGACAGUCUCAAAUUGGUUUACUGCUUUAGCCGAAACCGCGUUUGAUUUAAAACCCAAUAAAGUGGAACCUAUUGAGAAUAAUUUCGACAUAAUGAAAUUUAACGCAACGGGACAAAACACUAACACAGGUGUAAAGGAAAAGAGAUACACUAAUGUAUUUCAUCCCAAUUAUGGUUAUAAUGUGAUAGCAAAUAUAAGUCACAGAUCAAGAUUGCUUAUGUCCAUAGAUGAUUUCAAUCAAAAUAAUGCUUUUUAUGCCACUACAGAACUCAAUAAUGUGGAAAGUUCAUCUUCUGCUAAGCAAAAUAAUUUGAAAUUUUCAACUGCCGUCGUAAGUACCAUCACAGGAUCAGCAAAGUCAACAACAUACAAUUUUACAACUCUCAAUGAUGUAACCGAAACGGCUUCUGUUACUAAUAAACCUAGUAUAUAUGACAAUAAAACCAUAGUCAAAAGGGAUGCAAAUGAAGUCAGUAAUUUGAUUUUUUGGAAUGAUAUGUACGAUGAUGAGUAUGGAGUAAAAUUGGAUCCAAUAGAAAAUGCUAUGAAAAGUAAACGGCUUAAAACCAGAGGUUUGAAUUUGGUCAAGAAAUCUGGUAAUUGGAUACAAGACAAAGUUAAAAGUAUUGCUAGUAAUAUACGCGGUGAUGUAAGAAGGACUACCGCCAAAGACGUAGCAUGUAGUAGAUCAUUGCGAUCACCGAUAUUUCAUGGAUCUGCUGAUAGUCAAAAAUUUAGUACACACAAACAUUUUCGAAAGAGAAAUACUUAUGAAGAUGAGGAUCGUUCGAGUGAUAACAGUUUUGAAAAUCUAACACUGAAGAUGAAGAAAGUCUGUAAAGAAGCAGCCAAAGCCGUACAAAAUACGCGGCACAUAAAUAGAUUACCACCAGAUCUCGAAGAAUUUUUAGAAUGGCUAACAUCAGCAAAUUCUGAAAAAUCUGACACUAGAUCUUCCAGAACAGGGGGAAGCCAUUACGAAGAUAUUGAACUACCAUCGUAUCCAACUCCAACAAGUGAGAGGGAAGAUGUUCACCCCGAUGCCAGGUCUGACUGCCUGGGAACUAUUCAUGCCGUUGAAGAUUUGAUGCAGCAAUAUGAUGAAAUGAGUGAUGAUGACAAGAGUAAAAUGACGGGCGUUCGGCAGUAUUUAGAAAACCAACUUCAGUUUCUGCAUAAACAACUUUCCAGCUACGAGGAUAACAAAACGCCUUAUCUGUAUCAAGAUCAAUCACCGUUCAGAUUCAAAAGGUAUGUUUCGCCGAUCCGUAAAAAUAAAAUUUCCAAGCAUGGCUUACAUAACAACCGAUACAAAAGAAAAUUUCUAAAGAAUUUUGGUAAAAAACAUACAAAAACUACAGCAAGUGUAUAUGAUGGCUUACCUACAGAAGAACAAUAUAGAUCUAGUGCCAAACCAGAAGGAGAUGAAGCCGUUGUAUCAAGAAGUGAUAUAAAUAAAAUUGGUAAUCCAAAGAAGAGGAAUUUGAAGGAUGUUUAUUACAAAGCUUUGAAUGAUGCUAGGAAAUUUACAACGUCUAAGAGUGUACAGUCGAAUACAUUGGAUGGAUUCGAUAAGGCCAACAUUGUUCGAAUAGAUUAA